AUGCGAGAAUCUGGGAGCCAGCUAAAGGCUGGCGCCGCCCUCCUGUACAGGCGUCUGCGGCGCGCCUGCGCCGCGGACGCAGCUACGUCACAUCUCUUUGCGCCUCUCUCCGCCGUCGAGGAGGAGGAGGAGCGGGAGGUGAAGACUGCCACAGGUCUGCCCUCUCAUCUCUGGCCGAGCUGUCCUGAGCCGGGGUCUGCGGGGGGCCCUCCCCGCGCGGCGGCCCGGCUAAAGGUCGAGGAUCGUCGAGCGCCCACGCAGGACAACAGAAAAGAACGACGCAAGGCUUCCUCGAGAACGGCGGCGGCCUCAUAG